GAAUCAAAAGUAGAAGCACACGGGCGCAUUGAGGGUGGAUGGUUGGAUGGGAUGGGAGCGUUCAGGCGCUAGGACCCGUUACACGUGAGCGUAUUAUUAUUUUGCCAGAGGGUGGAGACGGUGAACAAUGAGGGAGCUGACUGGUAGGAGCAGCAGAGGAGCAAGAUCUGAGACCCCCCCCCUCUCCUCAAACCCAGAGUCCCUCCGGACCGACGGUCAAAGCAGACUGACCGGCAGACAGUGAGAGAAAGACGCAGAGCUGAGUUUGGAGAGAGCGGGCACAUGUGGAUUGGUCCAUGCAUGCUGCAGAGAGCAGAGGUUUGCUGAGCCCCCUGCGUGGAUGAGAGUGAAUGAGUUCGCCUCUGUGUGUGUGGUGCUGAACUGGGUCAUGCGGACCACUGGAGGAGCGACAGAUAAACACGCACCCUCCUCCCGCUGCUUGGCAGGUUGACAUGGUGGGCGCUCAGAGGAGGGAUCCCAGCCUGUGUCCUCAUCUCAGCCUCCAGCAUCAGAUGAUGAUUUGAUUUAAUCCGCCUCCGAAGAAAGUCACAAACUGAAGAGCAUCUCCAGAAAACAGGGCAGAAAUCUUCUUGGGUGGGCAGCAGCAGGCAAAGCACAACGACGAGAUCUCACCCGAGCUUUGUCAGCUCUGAAACUGCAAGGUUCUGAUGUUUUUAAGGGACCUGUUUGGUUUUCUUAUCAUUUGAAACUGAUCGAUAACUUCCUUCAAACGAGGAGAUCCAUCCAUCGGUUUCCUGCAGAGCCCAGCGGAUCAGAGCGCAGCAGCUCUGCUCGCCGAGCGGAUGCAGGACCAUGGAGGAGAGAGACAGGUCGCCAGCAGUCUGUCCCACAGCGUCAAGGCGAGCCUGUCUCUUUCUCCAUCUGGGCCGGGACGGGUGGGCAGUGGCGGGGGCUCCCCUACAUCCAAGAUGGGCUACUGUGGAGGGGUGCCUGUGGAGGACAUGCAGGCCCUGGCCAUCACUUCUCUGUCGGCAGCAGAUGUAGCCAAACAAUAUGAGCACAUCCGCGAGCUGGGGAAGGGCACGUACGGCAAGGUUGACCUAGUGGCACACCGGACGCAGGGCACCAAAAUGGCACUGAAGUUUGUUACCAAGAACAAGACGAAGCUGAAGAGUUUCCUGCGGGAGUACAGUCUAACAGGCUCACUUGGCUGCAGCCCCUUCAUUAUCAAAGUCCUGGACGUGCUCUUUGAGACGGAGGACAGCUAUGUGUUUGGACAAGAAUAUGCCCCCGCUGGGGACCUUUUCGACAUCAUCCCCCCACAGGUGGGUCUGCCAGAGGAAAUGGUCAAACGCUGCAUGCAACAACUGGGCUUGGCCCUGGACUUUAUGCACAGUAAAAACCUGGUGCAUCGGGAUGUCAAACCUGAGAAUGUGCUCCUAUUUGACCGCGAGUGCCGACGCAUCAAACUGGCUGACUUUGGUAUGACUCGACGCGUGGGAAGCCGUGUGAAACGGGUGAGUGGCACCAUCCCCUAUACAGCACCAGAGGUGUGCCGCGCUAGCCGUGCUGAGGGUUUCCUUGUGACCACCAGUCUGGAUGUGUGGGCGUUCGGGGUUCUGGUCUUCUGUAUGCUGACAGGCAAUUUCCCCUGGGAGGCAGCGCUGCCGGCCGAUGCCUUCUAUGAGGAGUUUCGGCGCUGGCAGAAAGCAGGUUGUCCUGUGGGGACGUACCCGUCUCAGUGGCGCCGCUUCACUGAUGAUGCCUUGCGCAUGUUUCAGCGGCUGCUCGCUGCUGAGCCGGAAAAACGCUGUGGAGUCAAGGACGUCUUCUGCUUUGUCAAGUAUGAGCUGGUCAGCGAGCUCAGGCGCAGAGCAUCUUGCCGAGCCAAGAGAGGUGAGAGGUCAAGUUCGGGAGUGUGCACUGGCAGUUGCACUUCCUCGUCGUCCGCCACUUCAUCACGUUCCUCCCACAGACACCCUGAGCCCUCGACCCCUCCAGGAACAUCCUGCCUGCGCCCAGCACCACUUAAACGCAGUGUCCUGUCCGACCCGCUAUCUCCCAGAGAGGAGUCUGGACAGCACCAGUCUCCAGGCCGAGACAAGAACAAAAGCCAGAUGAUGAUGGCAACUGCCAUCGAAAUCUGUGUGUGACCACGUGAAUGUUAGCAGCGGAGACUAAAUGGCUUUUCACAGUAAUAACAAGCUAUGGAGAGGUGUUAAUGACCACCACAGAGACUCCGGUGGAAAAAGAGAGUUACUUUAACCAUGAAAGAGAAGCUCAGGAUCACAUCCCCAGCUGUGCAAAUGGACAACAUCAAUAAGCGGUACACACGUGGACAGCUUAUCACUGGCACAUGCCGUUUAGGUUUUGAUUUGUGACCAAAGACUAUUUCCCAAGCUGAGAAGCCGUUUAAGAGUCCGCUGAUGUUGCUCCUCUCAGCAGCUCAUUCUGCCAUCCAGACAUGUGUGUUUUCUGCCCAUACACUGUGGUGGUGCUAAUGAUUCUAUAAUUACAUACUCCAUAAGAAAAACGGCUUUUCUCUUCUCUCUCAUCACUCUAUGUCUCUUUACUUCUGUUUAUGUUAUGUCUCUUUUCUAGUGUUUAUUUAUCUGAGAGUAUAAGCUCCGGGGAGACCAACACUUUAUCUGAUCUGGUGAUGCCGUUCAGUCGGAGGCCGGUGUUCUGAGGGCAAUCUACGCAACAUUCGACUGCCAUUUCUCAGACUUCCUGCCAACUUCCAAUGCAUAAAAUUAGUCUUUUUCAAGAGAAUGUGUUAUAAAGAGAAAAAUAAUAAAAAAGGAAACCUUUAUGUAGCAGUUUGUAUGAUCAUGUCGUUGUCUAGACUUAGAGACAGAUUCUCAGAGAUAAGCAUCUCCUCAGGACACUUCAGUGGGUCACUUCCUGUUUUAUUAUUAAUGAAAAUCCAUUGACUGGCUGAAACACACAUCUGAAUAGCUGUCAAUGAGAUUCCUUUCCAAUGCGACAAAGUAGAAUACAGGGAUUGUGCAUUUACUGAGGUAAAAGGGUGGUGAACAAAGAAGAGGAGAAGAAGUGUCUUUUUAUUGUUUCUUUUCUACCUGCUGUGUGUGUUUGGAUGUGUGUGUUUCAAAUGCUAAAGCACAAGAUAUUUUGUAAAGGUGGAGAACUCUUA